UCAUUCGAGAAUAGAUUUUUUUCGACACCCCCAUCAAAAAGUACAAAUAUUCUUUAACGUGAAAAAAAAAAUGGAGGGGUUUGCAAUAAAAUUCUGCCUGAGGCCUUAGUUUAGCCAGGAAUACAGUGCAUACAAUAACAAGGAAACAACAAAAAUAACAUUUUAUUGGAUUUUUUGUGUGACUUGAGUCCUUUUUUUUUCUUAACAAUUUUUCCUUAAUCUCAAACUGUACAAACUUUAGGACAGUAAUGACAAAAAAAAAUUAAUAAGACUGUAAUAAGAAAAAGGUUAACAUUAAAUGUUUGAAAAAUCUACUGUUUAAUUUAAAUUUGUUUUCAAUUAAUGCCAACAAACACAACAAUUAUUGCUCAAUUUUCUAAAUCUCAGGAGUUUAAAGUGAACAUGUCAAACUGGCAUCUAAUGUCAAAUGUUACAAGUCAAUCUGUAAAAAGUGAAAAAAGGAAGGCGCAAUGAGAAAGAAAAAGGUGAAGCUGGUGGUUUGACCAUCAGUUGAAGACGAGGCGUCUCUGUGGCUGCAGUCAGAGGAGACGGACGGGGGAGGCAAAAAUGUGAGUGCACACUUCUACACAGCAACCUUUUCUCUUACUUCAAUUAAGUAAUACUUUUUUUGUGUGUGGCAGAGAAGAAAAAUUGUCAUCUUCAGAGUCAAGUUGCCAGCCUUCAUCAGUAUGAGGUCUUUGGUCCUUGCGGUCCUUUGGCUGCUGGGCUGUAACGCCGCUCGACUGCACGGAAGGCGUCCCAGACCUUUCAUAACCACAACACCAAACGUGACUCAUGCAGAGACCAGAGCAGCUGAGUGCAACAGCUCCCCGGUGGAUUUCGUCUUUGUGAUCGACAGCUCUCGCAGCAUCCGACCAGAUGACUACGAGAAGGUCAAGACAUUCAUCCACAAACUGCUUCAGUUUUUGGAGAUCAGUCCUGACGCUACACGGGUUGGUCUGCUCCAAUAUGGCAGCGUGGUCCAGAAUGAGUUCUCCCUCAACGCAUACACCACCAAAGCUGAGGUCGAGCGGGCGGUGAAGAACAUGGAGCAUCUGGCCACAGGCACCAUGACCGGUCUGGCUAUCCAGUACACCAUGGAGACGGCCUUCACUGAGGGCGAAGGAGCACGACCGGCACACCUGCACAUCCCUCGGAUCGCGAUGGUUGUGACCGACGGGAGGCCUCAGGACUCGGUGGAUGAGAUCGCGGCCCGAGCAAGACAGGCCGGCAUCCAGAUAUAUGCCAUCGGCGUGGGAAGAGUGGACUUGAGCACCCUGAAGGGCAUGGGGAGUGAGCCUCACGCCGAGCAUGUACACCUGGUGGCCAACUUUAGCCAGAUGGAGACGCUCCUCUCAGUGUUCCAGUCCAAACUCUGCGCAGGCACUGCAGUGUGUGACUUGGUGGACCAUCGUUGUCAGCACACCUGUGUGAGCAGUCCCGCUUCUUACUGGUGCACGUGUAGAAAAGGUUUUGCCCUCAGUCCCGAUGGCAAGACAUGCAACGAAAUAGACAUGUGUGACCUGGUGGACCAUGGCUGUGAACACCACUGUGUCAACAUUCUCGAGUCAUACGUGUGCAGGUGUAAGGGGGACUAUGUGCUUAAUCCAGAUGGCAAGACUUGCAGAAAGCCUGAGCUAUGUGCUGAUUGGCAGCAUGGCUGUGAACACCACUUUAUGAAGAUGGAGGAUUCAUGUGUUUGUAAAUGCAAAACCGGGUACAGACUCAGACCAGAUGGGAAAACAUGUCAUAAGAUUGAUCACUGCGCUGAAGAGAAACACGGCUGUGAACAAGAGUUCAUGAACACGGAGGACUCAUGCGUGUGUAAAUGCAGAAAAGGAUACACACUCAGACCUGAUGGGAAAACGUGCAAAAGGAUUGACCACUGCGCUGAUGGCAAACACGGUUGUGAACAGGAAUCUGUCAGCGCAGACGAUUCAUGCGUGUGCCUUUGCAGAGCAGGCUUCACACUGCAACCCGAUGGGAAAACAUGUCAGAGUAUGGACGUGUGCCAGAGAGAGGACCAUGGUUGUGAGCAUCUGUGUGUCGGCACCACUGACUCCUACGUGUGCAAAUGUAUGGAAGGAUUCAUUCUGGCUGACGACGGGAAAAGCUGCAAAAAACCAGAGUGUAGUGAAGGAAUCAUGGAUCUAGUUUUUGUGAUUGACGGCUCCAAGAGUCUGGGCCCUGACAACUUUGAGCUCGUCAAGCAGUUUGUAAACACACUUGUGGACUCUUUGGACAUUUCUCAGAUGGGCACACAUGUGGGCCUUGUUCAGUACUCCACCAAAGUCCGCACAGAGUUCACAUUGGGGAAGUAUGGCACAGCCCAGGACGUCAAACAAGCUGUAUCUGGGAUGCGGUACAUGGGGAAGGGAUCCAUGACUGGCUCAGCCCUGCGUCACAUGUUUGAGCACAGCUUUUCAGACAAAGAAGGCGCCAGGACUAACAUCCCACAUGUCUGUAUCGUGUUUACUGAUGGACGAUCUCACAAUGAUGUCUCCGAAUGGGCCAGUAAAGCCAAGAACUCUGGAGUCACAAUUUAUGCUUUAGGUGUGGGCAAAGCAGUGGAACAGGAGCUGAGAGAUAUAGCGUCCCAGCCAGAUGACAAACAUGUUUAUUACACUGAGGACUUUGGAAAAAUGGAAGAAGUGACACAAAGGCUCAAGUCCAGGAUCUGCAGUGACAAACCAGCCGAUGAAAACACAUGUCAGUGUGAGGACCUCAUACUGUUUCAGAACCAGGUCAAUGAGAAGCUGAGGACUCUGAUGCAAAAUGUUGAAGCUAUGUCAAGGAGAUUGCAGCUUCUUGAGAAUCAACUUGUGCAAAAAUAAACCUCCACGAUGGAUCAUCGGAUUUCAGUCUUUAAAACGUGAUGUAUUUUUAACCUUGAUUUUUGUUGUGUUACUAGAAUAAAUGGCUAUGCGCAACAGUUUUGGUUCUGUAAUCGUUGAUAUGGGGACUAUUUGGGACAAUCCACCGAAAUAACCCUAAAUUCCAAUGUUUUUUCAACUCUAAAUCAAAUCACAUUUAUGCUAAUAGUAUGUGGACACUCAGCACCUUACUAGGAUUUAGGUUAAAAAAAAGUGUGUUUAAAAAAUAAACAAAAAAACACCCCCAGUCAUUGUUGAAAUAUCAUCAAAUAGAGUGGUACCUCAACUUACAAGUAAUUAGAGAUACAAGGUGUCUAAUGCGAGCAUACCUUGAAGUAUGAGUAUUUUCGCUCUCAACUGAAGUGAUAUUUGUAACAUGUAUGUGCCGUUAAAGCAAGAAAUCAUUUUUUCUUAAUUGUUUGCUGUUUCUGCUUCAUUAACACAAGAAGCAAACAUAAGUUUUGAUUAGACAGUUGAUGUGUGCUUCAGAGAUCGACAUCCUGCUCUUAAACCGUCAGAACUAAAAAAGUUAGUGUGAAGGAGACGAAGCACACGAACCGAUCAGAGAAACAAACUAUUAUGGUAGAUAAAUGCCCUCUGUGUUAACAGCCUACCUGACGAGUCAGCCU